AAUAGGGGAAGAAUAAUAGUACCAAUAAACAAGGAUUUCUUCAGCUGCAAGCAAGUUUCUUUCUAUACCGUGAGAAGAGAGAACAUGGGAGAUCAUUUCGUGCUGCUGGUGGAUCGGUUGAUAACAGAAUCCACAAUUGAGGCUGCGAUUCAGAGCAGGAACCAGAUGUUGCAAGCCAAUUUACCCGUUGAGGAAUGUACUAUCUUGGACGAGAAAACACUUGAGAUGCUUCGUAACGGAGAUUUGUCAAUGGCUCAGUGCAGGAUUUGUCACGACGAGGACUUGGAUUCCAACAUGGAGACUCCUUGUUCUUGCAGUGGCAGCGUCAAGUUUGCGCAUCGGAGGUGCGUACAGAGAUGGUGUAACGAGAAAGGUGAUACAACCUGCGAGAUUUGCCAUCAGGAAUUCAAGCCGGAUUAUACAGCGCCGCCUCCGUUGCUAGAGUUGGGUCAUGUUCCUCUCCAUUUCAGGGGAAACUGGGGAAUCUCUCAACGGGAGCAUCGUUUCAUCACAGUUGUACCUGCUGAUUCAACUUUCAUCGACCAACAAUAUCCUCUUUCUUCCACCACAAGCUUCAUCUGUUGCCGUUCCCUUGUUCUCAUCUUCAUGGCUCUUCUCAUUCUCCGGCAUACCCUCCCCUUAGUCCUCUCUGGAUCAAACCUCCAUGUCUUCCCUUUGUUCACGUUGUUAUUUCUGAGAGUACUCGGAAUCAUGCUACCCAUCUACGUUGUCACCAAAGCAGUCGCCACCUGCCGCCGCCAUUCUCAGACCUUAGACACCUCUCACUCUGAUGAUUCAUCAUCUGAUGAAGAAACAGAUUCAUGGCGCUUGCCUCAAACACAAUCUUACAUUAUAGGCGUACGAUGAGCACUCUUCUUUUCUUUCACACACAUACACACAAAGUCAAAUGACACUGUAAAUAUAAUUUCUGGCUUAUA